AUGGCUACGCAGAAAGAGAAAGUCGUUAUUAUUGGAAGUGGUUGGGGUGGCUAUCGUCUGGGCUAUGGUAUCGACCACAACAAGUAUGAUGUCACACUAAUCUCGCCCGAGAAUACUUCCGCAGUAACUCCUUUAUUAGCCAGCGCUGCUUGCGGACUGUUUGACCCCCGAUUGGCACAUGAGCCUCUUCGACGGAGGGACUUUCACGCAAAGUAUAUCAAGGCACUGGUUGUCGAUAUCGAUUUUGACACAAAGACUAUCAUCUGUCAGCCAGCAUUCGACGAGCUGAAGGACGAACGUUUCAAUGUCGACUACGACAGGGUUAUCCUUGUACCAGGAUGCCGUAGCAACACUUUCGGCAUCCCUGGCGUCACGGAACAUGCCAUCUUCGUGAAGAACGUUGCCAAUGCGAACGCAGUUCGAAGCCGAUUGAACGACCUUCUUGAGAUGGCCUCGCUGCCAGGGACAUCAGAGGAUCGCCAGAGGCAACUGCUGCAUGUGGCCAUUGUUGGCGGCGGUCCCACUGGUAUCGAGAUGGCGGCUGAGCUGACGGAUUUAUUUGAUGGAGACGCCAAUGUCUUGUUUCCGCACUUGAAGGGAAAGGCGUCUGUUUCCGUGUACGACGUUGCUCCUCAGAUUCUGGCACCUUUCGAUCAAAAAUUGGCAGAGUAUGCGUCCAGUGCCCUAAAAACGGGCAGAGUCAACAUCAAAACGAAUACACAUAUCCUGAAAAUUACCCAAAAUACGAUUGAAACCCAAGAGGAUGGUGCUACCGGCUAUGGCAUGCUCAUCUGGGCCACGGGAAACAAAUCAGUUCCUCUAGUUGACAAACUGAAUCUUCGCAAAACGGAAAAGGGGUUGGUGCGAAUUUUGACGGAUGAUCGUCUCAAUGCUUUCGCACUCGAUGGCAAUGCCUUGCGGAGCGUAUUUGCAAUGGGAGAUGCGGGAGAUAUCGAAGGCGGAACUCUACCAACAACCGCCGAAGUUGCAAUUCAAAAAGCAGACUACAUCAUCAAGGUGCUGAACAAGAAUGAUACGUCUCCAUUUGAAUACAAACAGCGCUCUCUAGUCACCUACACUGGAAGACGGGACGGCGUAGUCCAGGGGAAACGUGAAUACACGGGUUAUGGAGCGUGGCUGAGUUGGAGAUCUGGUAAUUUCUUUUGGACGCGAUCGUGGCGGAGGAAAAUCUUGAUGUGUUAUGCGUGGUUCAUGGACUGGUUGGACGGAAGGGAGAUCAUCCGCAAUUAG